AUGGAUGUCGCAGCUCAGUGCCGGCUUGGUGGAUUUCUCAACUCCAGCCCUAAGAGACUCGACGUUUUGAAAAACCGCGGAACUGGAACUGGAGAUGAAGCCAUCGAACUUCUGGUGGCCGCCUUUAAUGAUGAACCCAGCGCCUCGCAGAGGGAUUUCUUCAGAGGAUACGUUCGCUGGUUGGCCGCCUUAGCCGUGCAUGUGAUUCUAGCAGUGCGUGGGCUCUCUUUGGCUGUCCGAGAGGACGGAGAGGAUGGAGAGGACCAAAUGCUGGGUGUGGCCUUGUUGAUACCACCUGAAACACGCUUGGAGGAUGUGGGUCUGGCCGAGCUCACGAAGACGUCAGGUGUGGGUCUUCCACCUUUUCAUCGAAGUUUUCGAUCAAAGAAGGUGCAGGUUUCUUGGGGCCGCGCGGCCCGUCGCCGUGAGCGGGCAUUGAGUACCAUUACCAGAGAUACGCAUCGACAGCUGGCAAACAUGCCGCAUUGGUAUUUGUGGUUUCUGGCAGUGAAACCCCACGUCCAAGGUCGGGGGGUUGGAACUCUGCUCCUGGAUGAGAUCCAGAAGUUGCAGGAUCGCGAUGUGUUCCCUUGCUACCUGGAGACAAGCAGGCUGCAAAAUGUGGCCAUUUAUACGAAGAAGAAGUUCAGAGUGGAAAAGGAGUUCUGCGUCGUGGCCAAAGAGAGCCGCGAGGAUGAAAUCCAGGGGUUUGACGUGGACCUCAAAAUGUAUGCCAUGCUUCGGCCGCCAAUGACCACGCGAGCGAAGCUUUGAGGGAGCACAUGGCAGCACCACUGCGACGGGAGAAGAAAA